GUUAUGGAAGAGAUGAUCGAAACAUUUAAAGUUCCGACCGAUAAACAGAUGCUUUUGUUCACUCAUCUAAGACUCGCAAAGAGUUUCUCUAAUUAUAAACAACGCCUUCAAUGCGUUCAGGCGAGACUUCAGGCGCUCUCAAUCAUUGUGUACUGUCAGGCAAUGGCACUGCAAGAGAACGCGACUUCGCUUUUAUACAAUGGUUUGAUCGAAGAAUUAGUAGACGUUUUAGAGCUAAAUGAUAACAAACUCAUUGAAAUAAAAGCGGCGUCUUUGCGAACGUUAACGUCAAUUAUACAUUUAGACAGGAAUUCAAAGUUAAAUGUGAUAAUAGACGUGACGGGCGCGGCUUCGUAUCACGGCUUUCUCCCAGUCCUCGUUCGCAGUUGUAUUCAAGCCCUCAUUGAUGGCAACACUGAAUUGUUUCCGUUGCCGUUCGCGACCGCACUUUUCUCAUUCCUCUACCAUUUGGCCAGUUAUGAAAAUGGUGGAGAAGCGUUAGUACAGUGCGGAAUGAUGGAGUCGUUGCUGAAAGUAAUCAACUGGAAGGGCACCGAAUCCGAACACAUCACUUUUGUCACUCGAGCCGUCAGAGUCAUAGAUCUCAUAACAAAUCUCGAUAUGACUGCCUUUCAGUCACACUCUGGUCUCAACGCAUUUGUUCAACGAUUAGAGUAUGAGGUCGACCUUUGCCGCAAAGAACAGCCGUUUGUCAUAGAAGUCCCUUCAAGAAGAGAAUCAACUGAAAUGCCAUUAACUGAAUCAACCGAAUCGACUGCCCCGUCGACCAGUAGUGGUAUUACGCCGAUGGAAGUGGACUCUACACUAAACGAAGUCAACCCAAUAGCUUCACCCACACCUCUCCAACCGAUUAAAGAUAUUCAAUGUUAUCCCCAAAGAGCAGCACUUCUUAAAUCUAUGCUUAACUUCUUAAAGAAAGCCAUUCAAGACCCGGCCUUCGCUGAUGGCAUCAGACAUUUAAUGUACGGCAAUCUUCCGCGUUCUCUUCGGCACAUUAUCAGUAACGCCGAAUACUACGGGCCGUCUCUGUUCCUGUUGGCCACGGAUGUGGUCACUGUAUAUGUGUUUCAGGAGCCGUCGUUGUUGUCGUCUUUGCAAGAGAGUGGGCUCACAGACGUUGUCUUACACGCCCUACUCGUCAAAGAGGUUCCGGCGACUCGUGAAGUGUUGGCAUCACUUCCUAAUGUUUUCAGCGCUCUUUGUCUGAACAACAGAGGGUUGGAAGCAUUCGUGGCGUGUAAGCCGUUUGAGAGGCUCUUUAAAGUGCUUCUGUCGCCCGACUAUUUGCCAGCAAUGCGUCGCCGACGGAGUAGUGAUCCGAUGGGCGAUACGGCCUCUAAUCUCGGCAAUGCGAUGGACGAACUCAUGAGACAUCAGCCAAGCCUUAGAACUGACGCCACAUUUGCUAUCAUAAAAUUGCUCGAAGAGCUUUGCUCUUUGGGAAGUGAUCCCAACUAUGUUUGCUCUAAACCUACCGCUAAGUCAAACGAUACAAACGGCGCCAAUGCCAACGAAAUGGGUCGCGCGAACAGCACUCCCGUCGGCAAUGAAGUCGGCUCUUCGGAUGAAGAAGAGGAGGAAGAGGACGAGGCAACAAAUGCGGCCACAACUCUAUCCAUCAAAGCGGCCACCAGUGACGCCAAAACUCCAGUUCCUCUCGUCGACUAUAUUUUGAAUGUCAUGCGAUUUGUGGACGCGAUUCUGAGCAACAAUUCCACUGACGAUCACUGCCGGGAAUUUGUCAAACAAAAUGGUUUAUUACCACUUUUGAAUAUACUUCAGUUGCCUAACCUUCCCAUAGAUUUCCCGAUGUCUCCGGCAUGCCUUUCAGUGGCCAGUGUUUGCAAAUCAAUUCUGAAUUUAGCGCAUGAAAGACAAGUACUAACACUUGGUUUGGAUGCUCUGAACAAAGUUCUCGAAAAGUUAGAUUUACUGCACCGACCAUUGGAGCCGCCGGGAGGGAGUGUCCUCUUAGAAGAGCUGGUGUUGGCGUCGAGCAAUACCUCCAAUUGUGAUCCGUUCCAGUCAUCAUCACUCACACCACUGUUGCACUCUAUGUCUGCAGCGCACGCAUACAUAUUAAUGUUUGUUCACGUUUGUCGCACCGGACAGAGCGAUAUCCGUAACCUAUCCAUCACUCACUGGGGCUCUAAACUCGGGUCUGAGUCGUCUGUACACAUCACUGGUGUGGGAGAGCACUGUUUCGUUUGUCGCACCGGACAGAGCGAUAUCCGUAACCUAUCCAUCACUCACUGGGGCUCUAAACUCGGUCUAACGGUUCUUCAGGGUCUGAGUCGUCUGUACACAUCACUGGUGUGGGAGAGCACUGUUCUGUUAGCCCUGUGUUCGGAGUCGUCGGCGAACGCCAACUGGCAGUUCGGUCGACACCAAUUGGAAAGACUCACGAGUGCUCUAAACCUCAACGACGACAUCGAUGUGAAUGAUGUGACUAAUAGUGAAGUGAAUGGCUCGACCUCUUCUAACAUGGAAGUGGACGACAACGUGAACGACAGCACAACAGUCGACACCAAUAAGAAGAAAAAGGGCGCAAACACUACUCAAUCCAAAAUGACAGCUCAACAAAAACAAAUUAAACCAUUGCUUACCAGUGCUUCGCGUUUAGGUCGAGCUCUCGCCGAGCUUUUUGGUCUUCUCGUCAAAGUAAUUUAUGUGUCGGCUCUCCAAUCAGACACCGACGCAGUCAUCAUAGCGUUCAAAACCAGCCGUCAGUGCCUUCAGUUCGUUUGUCGCACCGGACAGAGCGAUAUCCGUAACCUAUCCAUCACUCACUGGGGCUCUAAACUCGGUCUAACGGUUCUUCAGGGUCUGAGUCGUCUGUACACAUCACUGGUGUGGGAGAGCACUGUUUUGUUAGCCCUGUGUUCAGAGUCGUCGGCGAACGCCAACUGGCAGUUCGGUCGACACCAAUUGGAAAGACUCACGAGUGCUCUAAACCUCAACGACGACAUUGAUGUGAAUGAUGUGACUAAUAGUGAAGUGAAUGGCUCGACCUCUUCUAACAUGGAAGUGGACGACAACGUGAGCGACAGCGCAACAGUCGACACUAAUAAGAAGAAAAAGAGCGCAAACACUACUCAAUCCAAAAUGACAGCUCAACAAAAACAAAUUAAACCAUUACUUACCAGUGCUUCGCGUUUAGGUCGAGCUCUCGCCGAGCUUUUUGGUCUUCUCGUCAAAUUAUGUGUCGGCUCUCCAAUCAGACACCGACGCAGUCAUCAUAGCGUUCAAAACCAGCCGUCAGUGCCUUCAGUUUCUGCCAGAAAUGUGGCGAAAUCUUUGACAAAAUUACUCGCAAGUGGUCUUUCAUGGCAACCGCCCUCCACUUCUCCGAUCCCUAAGUUUAGAUUAACGUUUUAUAUUUGUUCGGUUGGAUUCACAUCACCGAUGCUUUUUGAUGAGCGCAAACAUCCCUAUCAUCUGAUGCUUCAGAAGUUUGUGUUAUGCGGAGGACAGGACGCCUUCUUUAAUACAUUCAAAUGGGCGAUAACUCAAGAUGGAAAAGUGCCUGCGGCUGACGGCCUCGAACACGCCGACCUGCCAGAGGGCGCCGGAGAGUUCCUCGACUCGUGGCUAAUGCUUCUCGAAAAGAUGGUAAACCCGCGAAUGGUGUUGGAAUCGCCACAUACUAUGCCUACAACCAAAACGGGUCAAGACUUCGAGCCCUUCAAUCCCGUUCAAUACCUCAUUAGAACACAUCGACGCGCCUUUGAAUGCAUUUCUCAUUUGUGGGACAAAAAGCCGCUCAAAGGCAUCAAUGCUGACCAUUUGCAACAACUCAUGGAUAUGGGCUUUGGACGCGACGUGGCGUUAGACGCUCUGCUCCAGACCAACAGCUUAGAACAGGCCACCGACUAUCUGCUCAGUCAUCCCGGACCCAGACAAGUGCCUGGUUUGGCCACUGAUUGGGAAAUGUCUGAAGAGGACCAAAUGAUGAGAGCGAUUGCCAUGUCUUUGGGCGAAAACAUCACAGUCAACGACGAAGAGGGAGAGACCUCUUCCGCCAGUGAGUUGACGACUGACGUGAAAAUGGUUAACGAAGAGCCCGUCACUAAAGAACAGAUGGAUGUGUUCACCGAAAGCAUCCUUUCGGGUUGUUUACGACUAUUGGACACAUUGCCGGACACUGUCUAUAGAAUAUGUGAUUUAUUACUGGCUGUCGCCCAACGAAAUGGCGAGAACUGGUGCUCACAAAUGAUUCGCCAUUUGUUGCGUGAAAUCAAUUUAAAUGUGACUAAACUUAUCGAAAGUACUUGUUAUAUGCGCGACGCCGACAAACGCACG